UGUUUGGUCGGAGUAGUCCCCUGGCUCGGGGCUCUGUUGUUAGCUGUCACAAUGAGAGUGAUUACCACUGUAUGUGUCUCUAUACUUCACAUGUACAGGUAAAACAGUGGUGAAACAGCACCAGACAAUAAGACACUAUGGAAUUGUUUGUACUGCUGCUGUUGCUGUGUUUGUGUCCCUCCACUAGAGGUCACCAGGGUCACCAGGACAGUGGAGGUAUCGCUGUUACCGACUUCCAUGACCCCAAGGUUACACAGGACGAGGCCCAUUUGAAGGAGCAUCUGAAGGACCAAAUUAACACGAACCGUCAGAUGACACCACAGGAGAUGGAGUUCCACUACUUCCGAUUACACGACACGAACAACGAUACUAAGCUGGACGGUUUGGAGAUCUUGUCGGCGCUGUCACACAUGGUACCGAUGUCUAAAGUGAAUAAUCAGGAAAAAAUAGGAAAGACAGAGGAACAGAUACAACUCAUGGAAAUAGCACGGUCCGAAAAGGCCAUUAAAUACUUCACAGAUAUUAUCGACAAGGUCCUUAUACAGGACGACCACGAUAGAGACGGGUAUGUGUCCUACCCGGAGUACAUCCGGGGCCGUAGGCGGGACAUGGAGAAUUACCAGAGAGAGAUGGUGAUGCAACAGAAAAAUAUGCAGGCGCAACAGUUUCAGCAGAUGCAGCAGUGGCAGGCAUUUCAACAGUGGCAGCAACAACAGCAAAUGGCUGGUGGACAGAAUCCGCCACCAGGGGGAGCUGCACAGUCCCCGCCCGGGGUACCUUCACCACCAAACACACCUACUCAGGAACAAAUGAAACAAUUUGAAGAAUUUCAAAAAUUCCAGCAGCAACCACAAGAUGUGCAAAAGUUUACACAAACUCAGAAACAGUAGGGUAGAUAGUUUAUCUGUUAAAUCAAUUUUAUUUGCGUUGACCAAAUAGAUUUUAAUUUUUAUACAAAAGACAAGAACGUGCACCAAAUCCUUCACUUCAUGGUAAUAACAAGUGAGUGAUUCUACUGUAGCCUUGGAGAUAUUUGUAAGAGGUAAUAGAAUGUGAACUGUGAAAAUCCUUGAUAAAUGUUUCGCUAUGUAUCUUCAUUAUAUCGUGUUACAUUAACGAAAUGAGAGAAUAGAUUAGCAUUAAUUGUUCAUUAUAACCAUGUAUAUUUAUACCCAUCUCACAACCAUCCUCAUCAGUGUCAAACAGUGAGAUCAUUACCGUACAGCAUAAUAAAUGUAGUCGUUCUAUCUCGUUAA